UUGCAGUUCAAAUUUUAAACGAAUUUAGAAGUGGCCAGUUCGUUCGCCUGUUCGGUGCGCGUGCAUAUUUUGAUUAUCCCGCGCUUUUCAUAUUCCUAACUCAAUUCGAAUUUUAAAUUUGAAUAUUGAAAAAUUAACAAAAUGACAACUCAAAUAGAUGAUGAACAAAUUACAAUGCUUCGGCGAGCAUUCAGCAUGUUCGACUCGAGCAAACAGGGGCGGAUUGAAAAAGAAAAGGUGCGGACCAUACUCAACACUAUGGUGCACAGCUUCGACGACCGCGAGCUCGACAACAUGCUCGACAACGAAGAUGUCGAUGGUAGCGGCAAACUGAAUUUCGAUUCAUUUGUACGAGUCGCUACACACUUUUUGGACGAAGACGACGAAGCCCUACAGAAGGAGCUCAAAGAGGCAUUCAGGCUGUAUGAUAAAGAAGGUAACGGCUACAUCCCCACAUCGAGUUUACGCGAGAUAUUGGCAGCCCUGGAUGAUCAACUCACUCCCGAUCAACUCAACGAAAUGAUAGCCGAGAUUGACACUGAUGACUCCGGAACAGUUGACUUUGAUGAAUUUAUGGAAAUGAUGACGGGUGAUUAAGAUGGCCGACCGUUGGAAUGGUAAACAGCUUUCUGAACCUCUGGUUACUGUAAUAAACAGUUAAUUACUCUUUAA